AUGAAAAAGGCUUUCACAUUCUUAAGUUUGAUCAUUCCAGGUCCAAAGAGUCCGAAAGGGAAUCUAGAUAUCUUCUUACAACCUCUUAUCGAUGAGUUGAAGCUUCUAUGGGAGGAAGGGGUUUCAACUUACGAUGUCUCAAAAAAGAAAAACUUUCAAAUGAGGGCUAUGUUACAUUGGACUAUUAGUGACUUUCCGGCAUAUGGAAUGUUGUCUGGUUGGAGUACUGUUGGAAAGUUGGCGUGUCCAUAUUGCAUGGAGCACACUAAGGCUUUUACCCUCACAAAUGGAAAGAAGCAAACCUGGUUUGAUUGCCAUCGCCCAUUCCUACCAGAAGAUCAUCCUUUUCGGCGAAAUAAAAGUGCUUUCCGUAAAAAUAAAGCAGAGUAUUCUCCCGUCCCACCAAGAUUAAGUGGUGAAGAAGUAUGGGAACGUGUUUCAAAGCUUCCAAGAAUAGGAGAAUGUGAACAUUCUCAAUUCUUAAGCCUUCUUAAAGGCUUGGGAGUUCCUCAUAAUUGGAAUAAACAAAGUAUUUUUUGGCAACUCCCAUAUUGGAGUAAACUUUUAAUUCGCCACAAUCUUGAUGUCAUGCACAUUGAAAAAAAUGUGUUUGAUAAUGUGUUUCAUAUUGUGAUGAAUGACAAGAAAAAGACAAAGGAUAACUUGAAAGCUAGGAAUGAUUUGAAGAAAUUUUGCAAACGGAGAAAGUUAGAAGUUGAUGAUGAUGCUAUUGAUGAGACUAAUAUGCCAACCGCUCCGUACGUCCUGUCUAAGGAGAAGAGAAAGGCUUUUUGUGAAUGGUUGGAAGGGUUGAAAUUGCCGGAUGGAUAUACAUCUAAUCUGAGUAGAUGCAUAGACACCAAAAAGUACAAACUUUUUGGCAUGAAAAGCCAUGACUGUCAUGUCCUUAUGCAACGUUUACUUCCAAUUGCUUUCAAGGACUUGCUCCCUGUUAAUGUGUGGAAUGCUCUCACUAAGUUGAGCCAAUUUUUUAGGGAUAUUUGUUCAUCUUUUGUAAAAAUAGAAGAUAUGAUUCAGUUAGAAAAAAAUAUACUUGAAAUUCUUUGUAAGUUGGAGAAAAUAUUUCCUCCAAGUUUCUUCAACUCUAUAAAGCAUCUUCCUAUCCAUUUGCCAUACGAAGCAAAAGUUGGAGGACCUGUUCAAUAUAAGUGGAUGUAUCCUUUUGAGAGGUUUUUAUACCAUCUUAAAAAAAAGGUGGGAAACAAAGCUCGAGUUGAGGCUUCUACAUAUCAUGUUAACACAAAAGUGGGCAGUCUAGGAUUGAAUCUUAAUGUUGAUGAAGAAUCUAUUGGUAAAGAUCUACCUGAAGUUUUCAACUGUAACACUGGUUAUAGUCCAUCAGAAGGUCAAUUUGGUUAUCUUACAGAAAAGGACUACAAUGUUGCCCAUCGCUAUGUCCUUGGUAAUUGUGAGCUGCUGUCUAAUUUUGAAAGGUAUGGCUUUAAUUUUAGUUAG